AUGUCAUUGACGACAUUGCAGUCAUUGAGAACACCUCUUGCUCGAAGCAGUACUUUGCCUUUGAAGGUGACGACUACCACAUUGGCUCAAGCUCGUCGUACGUCGUCGUCUUGCUGUAGCCACCAAAAGAAGCAGCAAGAACAAGAACCUAUACCACCCAUAACCAGUCUCGCAUUUUGGAAAGAUAGCGUAUCAUGGCAACGCACUCGAGUCAAUACAUUUAGAUGCCUGAUUGGAUGUACAACGGGUGAUUUCUCGACCAUGUGGUACUUGCAAGCAAAUCAUCCCACCAUGUCCCCUGUUUGGAUGACAGCCGCAGCCAUGGCUGCUGGUAUCACUAGUUCACUUGCACUCGAAACGGUCCUUUUACGACGCACUCUUGGUCUCAGCUACAGUGAUUCUUUCAAAACAGCUAUGGGAAUGAGCUUUGCAAGCAUGUUGGCUAUGGAACUAGCGGAGAAUGCUGUCGAUUGGCACCUGAUGGGGGGCCGUGUCGCUUUUGACGAUCCCCAAUUCUGGCUGGCGGCUGCGGCAAGUGCUGGUGCAGGAUAUCUCGUUCCUCUUCCUUUCAAUUAUUGGAGAUUACGUGCUCUCGGCAAAUCUUGUCAUUAG